AUGGCGAACGAGCGUGAGAGCAAGACUUUCCUCGCCCGACUGUGCGAGCAGGCCGAGCGUUACGAUGAGAUGGUCUCCUACAUGAAGGAGGUUGCCAAGCUCGGCGGUGAGCUGACCGUCGACGAGCGCAACCUGCUGUCCGUUGCCUACAAGAACGUCGUUGGUACCCGACGUGCCUCCUGGCGCAUCAUCUCCUCCAUCGAGCAGAAGGAGGAGUCCAAGGGCUCCGAGAAGCACGUCCCCACCAUCAAGGAGUACCGUUCCAAGAUCGAGCUCGAGCUCGAGAAGGUCUGCCAGGAUGUCCUCGAUGUCCUGGACGACUCCCUCAUCCCCAACGCCGCCUCCGGCGAGUCCAAGGUCUUCUACCACAAGAUGAAGGGUGACUACCACCGUUACCUUGCUGAGUUCGCCUCCGGCGAGAAGCGCAAGACCGCCGCCACUGCUGCCCACGAGGCCUACAAGAACGCCACCGACGUUGCCCAGACCGAGCUGACCCCCACUCACCCCAUCCGCCUGGGACUGGCCCUUAACUUCUCUGUGUUCUACUACGAGAUUCUGAACUCCCCAGACCGUGCCUGCCACCUCGCCAAGCAGGCAUUCGACGAUGCCAUUGCCGAGCUCGACUCUCUGUCCGAGGAGUCCUACCGGGACAGCACUCUUAUCAUGCAGCUUCUCCGGGACAACCUCACCCUGUGGACCUCGUCCGACAACGGCGAGGCCGAGGCCGCAGGCACCGCCGAGGGAGCCAAGGAGGAAAAGCCCACAGAGGAGAAGACGGAGGCCAAGGCCGAGGAGCCCGCACCCGAGUCCUAA